AAAAUUAUUCAACAGAAAACCUUACGAGAGGACUCCAUGCUGGACGGUUAUUAAGGCUGCUCUCGUGAUGGUCUACAGAGAUCCACGAGAAAAAGGAAAAUUGUUCACGAGCUUCUUUGUUACACAUCAGUUUGUCUUCGUGAUGUCGGGUUCAUCAAAUAUUCAUUUUCUCGUGCAAUCACUACCCACAACAGAAGAAGUGAUUUUGGAUCGGCUCAAAGAACUUGCUGACAAAACCAAUCGAUUUGGGCAUGUCAACUCUGGUUUUGCCAGUGCCCUUCGCUCCCCUGUCCAACAAUGUGUUGUGGGUCCUUCCCAUAUUGUGUUCCUGUUGGAGGAUGGAAGAGUAUGCCGACUUGCCUUCAAUGUUUUACCAGACCGUUUGGAUCUGAGCAAAAGUGAAGCAAAUCGCAGCAAAGAUGGAAAGGGAUCAGGCCCAGGUCCCAGUCGUCAAACCUGCAAGAGAGGCAGAUUGCUCAGAGCUUCCAGUCUUAGGGGUGCAAGUAACAGUGGAGCUAGAGGAACUGGCCUUCUGGCUUCGGGAACUGCUGGUCAUGGUGUCAUCAUGGCAAGUUCUAGACCUGUCUUUGUCCCUGAAGAAUUAGUAUCGCAGGCCCAAGUUGUCUUGCAAGGAAAGAGUAGAAGCGUAAUCAUCAGAGAACUGCAAAGAACCAACUUGGAUGUCAAUCAAGCGGUCAAUAACUUGCUCUCGCGUGAUGAUGACGAGAGUGAAGAUGUGGACGAUUCACAAGAUUCAUACGUCCCAGAAGACUUGAUUUCUCUACUUGACCCUGGUGCGGGACUGCACUCGGACCACGCCGGGCCUUCUGUCAUCAUUGACGCUGACGCCAUGUUCUCUGAGGACAUGUUUGGUUAUUCAACUAUUCGCAGCCGUCCAUCCGGAAAUAAUCGUGGAAGAAGUGUGGAAGGUGAACGAGACCGAAGCAGUGAUCGAGCAAAAUUGAUUAACUGUCUUACAGGAGGAGGAGGUGGUGGUGGAAGUGGAACAGGGACAGGAGGAGAGCGUGAAUCUGGCAUGUUUCGCUGGCGAGAUCGACAUUAUCUUGGACCACGCCGUUGGCUAGAGACUGCACUUAGGGACACUUGGUACGAACGUGACUUGGACGGAAACAAAAAGAAGGAUACCCCUCAUCAGACACAGAGCCCUCUAGGUUUGUCAGAAGAGCUCGAAUUCUGGCCCGAACGAGGGUCUGGCGGCCCUUCGCCUCGUUUCACCAGUAUUGCAGCUAUGUAUUCUGAACUAAUCGCACUGAGCACUUCUGGCCAAAUUCUCUCGUGGAAAUGGACGGAUGCCGAACCCUACCGUCACAUGGAUUUUCCCCACGUUCAUCACCCACGAGCUCUCACAUUAGGGCUGUAUGCCGAAAAGAUUGUGCUGCUCUCAGCAUCCGUCAUUCGUUGUACUGUGGUUACCGAAUCGGGAAAAGUAGCCAGCUGGUUGGAUGAAACGGUGGCCCAUGUUCCUGGCAUAACUAGGCUUGAGCAUGCCGCGCAGCACCUAAGCGAGUUUCACGGCGAGAAAAUCGUCUCGCUCGACACCUGUUCACUUUACUCAGCCGUUCGACUGGAAAAUGGAGCCAUUUAUUGGUGGGGAGUGUUACCGCCAGGUCAACGCCGAAAACUUUGGGAUAAAUAUCGAACCAAGGCUAAAAAAAGCCAUACCAACUCUGCUUCUGGAUCUGACAUAGUAACCGGCGCUCAGGUAUGCAUGAGAAGUAGCCCAAUGUACCAAGCUGGGGCUAUUGGAUUCUCUAUCAUCGAUGGCGUCCCCAAAGUUGGCCAAUUACAAGGUUCUGCUUGGAGCUGGACUGACACGUGUCGCUUCCGCAUUGUACCUGGUCCGCCACCAUUGGUUCGCCUAGCUCCACCUCUUCCACCCGGAGGUAGCAGUGACAGCAAACGCGGGAAUGCGGCAGGAGGAAGUAAUAACAGUAGCAACGCCGAAACCACUACGAAAACCUCGAGCUCUCGAGAAGCAGUCGUUGAAAAACCUGAUAUGCCUCCGCCCCCAUCGCCGGCCAGCAGCACGUGUAGCGAAACGGGAAGUGUAGCUGGAAGCUCUCAAAAGAAACACAAACGACCGGCUCCGCGUGGGGACAGCGAAGAUAAACGCGGCGACGAAGAAGAAUGGGUUUUGAAGGAUGUGAUUUUCAUCGAAGACGUCAAAAAUGUUCCCAUUGGACGCGUUCUAAAAGUAGACGGUGCCUAUGCUGCCGUCCGUUUCCCCUCGAAUAAGGACUAUAACGGCAAAGAAGCGAAAGAUUUGGUCGUUUCAGCAAAUAGUGGCAACGAAGACCCUGCCUCGCUUCUACAGGAUUGUCGUUUAUUACGUAAAGACGAACUACAGGUGGUGAAGUCUGGCUCAUCCAUCCGGAUCCCCGAUUGCUUCCAAAGGCUACCACGUCGAGUAACACUGGCCGAUCCGGGUCAGAUUCUUGCUUUUUCUGUGGACGGCCAAGGUAUCCACACGGUCAACAAGGUUGGCUCUCAGCUGAAAUACACCAUCUAUAAUCUGAGUACUGGAAAAGCCGAGUAUGAAUCCAACAUACCGACGGAUCAUAGCUCCUUCAUGGGCCCCAACUGCGGUCGCAACAUCGGACUCUACAAUACUGGUGACGGCGAUGGCUUGACCUUACUCCGUGAUGGCAACGGCACUAUUUAUCCCUUGUCGCGUGAUUGUUUGGAUUCCAUCCGGGAUCCGCAUUUGCUGGAUUUGCCACCCAUGCGUUGUUUGGGUAUGGGUUCUCACUCUUUGCAAGGCGUGGGCCCCGGGCAAAAGACGCAAGCCAUACUACUAGUACUCGUCACAGAAAAUCAAUUGCUGAUGCCGAGAUUACUUACCUGUGAUAUUGAAGGAGUGCGCCAUGUUUUGAAUUGCUUGGAAACAUCUUCGGAAGCAUAUCGUCUUUCAGGCGUUCAAAGUGUCAUCAACGAACGCUGUGAUGGUGGUCGAAACGUGAUUCAUGCCUGCGUCUCCAUGUGCUCACCAACUUCCAAUAAAGACGCCGAUGUCCAAGAGGACAGGAACGCUCCUCCGGCCGUCCCUGCCAUCGCCGACCCUCUAGAUCCACUUCCAGUUGGUUUGAGCUCCUCAUCUCGGGCUGUUAGUUUGCGAGAGAUGAUGCGUCGUGCUGCGGUUGCGCGACCGUCCGAAAAUUCUGCAGCUGAUCCAGGAGCACCUGGUAGCAGUUCUGUCGUCGAGGAAAAUAUUUCGAUUCCUACACUCAAUUGGCCGCCAGAGCCUUUAUCAUUGGAAUCGUCUAAUCACGCUGAUGAUGAUCAGGCUGGUUCUAGUAGUGCUGGCGCCUGUGGCUCAUCCAAAAUGGCCUCCGCUGUCGUUUCCGACCCCGUCGAACGCCGUGCCAAUUCAUUGGCAGCGUUGAAGGCCAUCACAGAGAGUCCAGCUCUCAACUUUCAUCUUCAGACACUUCUCUCUGCUCGUGACGCACAGGGCCACACGCCGUUUAUGCAAGCUGUUGCCGUCCGUGCCUACCCUGCCGCGCUGGUCUUGCUGGACGUUGCUACAAGACUUUCGCGACAGCUUGCGACGGAGGCUGAAACCCAGAAGAAAUUGCUACAAAGUUUCAUCUUCCCCCUGGGCAAAAACGGAUGCAGUCCGGACGAUUCGCCGCUUCAUGUUCUCUGCAGCAACGAUACGUGUAGUUUCACUUGGACCGGUGCCGAGCACAUCAAUCAGGACAUCUUUGAAUGUCGCACUUGCGGCUUAACCGGAUCCCUAUGCUGCUGCACGGAAUGCGCCCGUGUUUGCCACAAGGGCCAUGACUGCAAGCUUAAACGCACCUCGCCCACUGCUUACUGCGACUGCUGGGAAAAGUGUAAAUGCAAAGCUUUGGUUGCUGGCAAUCAAAAACCUCGGUUUGAAUUACUGUCCCGACUGGUCAGCGAAACGGAUCUAGUGAAUAUCCCCAAUAGUAAAGGAGAGAAUAUUCUGCUUUUCUUGGUCCAGACCGUUGGACGUCAAUCGGCCGAACAGCGGCAGUACAGACCGGCUCGUUCUCGUUCGACUGGUAUCGCCGCUUCGAGGAAGGUCCUGACCGCCGAAUUGGAACCCGAUAUGCCUGAGCACGAUCUGGAACCGCCAAGAUUCGCCAGGAUGGCACUGGAUCGAUUACUGGGCGAUUGGUCAGCGGUCAAAGCUAUGUUGCUGUUAGGCUACAAAGAGGAAACGUCCACAGGAUCUACGACCAUCCCCGAAGACCAAUUGUACCUACAGAGCCAGAGUGGAACGACUCUGCUCGACAAAUUCACUCAUUGUAUGAUGGUCAAAUGCUCGGUUGAAAUGCUGGACAGUCUGUUGACCACACUCAUCAUCGAAAUGGAGAACAAAACGUGGUGGGCGAGACAACAAGAAGCUCGUCUGGCUGCCCGACGAUUCGUACGCUCAGUCGCUCGCGUUUUUGUCGUCUUCAGCGUUGAGAUUGCCCCCCAAUCCGGAAAGAAGAAAAAUAGCGCUUCCAGCGCCAGUGUUACAUCGCAGCCGUUGAUGAAAUGCAAACGAGUUUUCCAGGCCCUGAUAAAUCUGGCCAUCGAGGAAUUAUGUGAAGCUGCUGACGCGCUGAUCGUACCUGUACGGCUGGGUGUAGCUCGACCUACGGUCCCUUUUCCGCUCGUGACAUCAAAUGCGGACGCAAUUCACGGAAGCGAAGAACUCUUUUCAGUCGAUCCUUUACAGCCGCUGACACCCCGCGCUGCAGAUGAAGAACACGCGGAUGGGUCAUCUUUACCAGCUGGUUCGCUCGGCGCCACUUCUGGCACAACUGGAGGAGGUCGCUCCAAUACUCGCCGCAUGGAGUCUGAAGAAUUAGACGCUAUCGAGGGUGAUGAAGGCGAUGGUGAAGGAGAUGGCGAAGGCGAAGCAGACAAUUCAGAACAUGAAGAUGGAGAAGGCAAUGGUCGUAGCGGCGAUGGAACCGGCCGCCGAGAUGGUGCCAACGCCGGCGGAGAAUCUGAUAUGGAGUUGGAUCUUUUGGCAGAGACCGAAAGUGACUCAGACGACAAUGAACAUGAGCACGAUAACGAUAAUCAAAGCACUCACACUCAGGAUAACAACUCGGUCCAACGCAGCGUGCAAACAGGAGCAACUGCCGGUUCCGAUGCUGCCAUGGCGUCUUUGGCCCUUUUCUCAGAUGACGAAUCUGGUGAUUCGACUGGGCAAGAAGAAGAUGAAUCAGACGGUGGUGAGACGGACGAACAGGACACUGAGGAAUUUGCCUUCUCCGAUGAGCAACUAGAACGCCGCAACAAUAACUCUUCGUCCGCCGUACCGGCUACUGCCGCAGCCCCUGUCCGUGGCACUUCGGGCAUGCCUCCGCAAUCGAUGAUGUGGGCCAUUCGCCACCGAGAAAACAACGCCGUUCGUGGCGGUGGCGCCAAUGGAGCUGUCACUAGCAGUGGCAACGCCGGCGGUAGUUCAACAACCAACUUGAUGUACCUAGAACCGACAUCGCUUCGCCGAUCUGCCGCAGCUGCCGCCCUUGCUGCUGCAUCUGCAACCCUUCCUGUUGUUCCUGAACCUUUUUCUAUGGCCACAACAGCCAGCGGUUUAGCGCGUGCAUUUGGACUGGUUGUACGACAGAUUGCCGAUCUGCUUACAAUGCUGCUGGACUAUCCAGCUCUGGCACCAGCCCUUUCGCGGAAUCUGGACAUCACUAAUCACGAGUCGAUUCAGUUGCAACAGUUUUUGGAAUUCCGGUUGAAGCCUGUCUGGGAUUGGCUUGUCAACGUCAUGGAUUCUACUGAAGCUCAACUUCGCUUUGGAGUUGCUCUGUCCAACGCUUCAGCGCCAAAUGGAACACCUUCCAACCAUAUCACUUUGUACGGGAGAUCUCCGUUGUCAAGAAUGGUUACGGCUAGUUCUGUGUUGCCAUCGGCCAGAACGGCUCCCUCUUCAAGCUCGGCGGCUUCGGCACUCGCUGGAUCAGCAGCUGGUGCGGGCACUUACGACGGUCGAAGAGCACAGACCGGUGGCACUGGUGGAGAACGAAGCAGUGAAGUGCCCGACCCGUUGACGGGCAGACGAGAAUUUUUAAAUUAUUGUCUUUCGCUCAUGAGGGCUCAUAAUAGUGAACAUUCCGACACCCUUCCCGUCAUCGAUGUCUCUUCGUUGAAGCAUAUUGCUUAUGUUUUUGAUGCCCUUAUUUACUACAUGCGGUCGGGAAAUGAGGCAAAUCCCUAUGGUGAUAAUGGUAGUGGCGAAGAUUACAUAGCAGAUAUGUUUAAUGAACCGGACGAAAACGAAAAUGCUGAAAUGGAAGAAGAAGGAACCGGUGGCGCCAUGGAUACUGAAUCCGUUGGUGGCGAGGAAGAAACGGUAGUUCGUAACGGCCGGAAACAUCCAUUCUUCCGCCGAUCGGAGUCGACAUUGUGUUUGGGAUGCCCACAGCCGGAUCCUUUUGCUCUCCCAAUGGUUGAGGCGUUACCGCUAGCGGACCAACCGCACCUACUUCAGCCGUCUGCACGCCGCGAGGAAUUGUUUGGCGCUCCGCGUCAGCCCAUAACGAUUCAGCCAUCUGGAAACCACCCACCUGGCUCUAGCAAUCCCCUCGAGAUUAUUCCGACUCGCUUAGGAUUAUCUACCAGGACGCCAGAAAUGCAUACGGACCAACCUACGGCCCCCCUACCUCCUUUGGUGGCAACGCCAAUCAAUUCGCAACAAGAGCCACUUCCAACAAAUCAACCGAAUUCAGAAGUUAUCCAGGAAACGCCUCAGAACUUGUCGUUGAAGGAUUCGGAUUCGAUCGAAGUCAUUGAGGUAGCCCGUGCCAGUCCUAGUGUGGCUAGUAGCGUCAUCGUGUCACCUCGACGCGCGGCCGCAACGGUCCAGAGUGUCAUCGUUCGUACCGGCAAUGUUCGUGAUAGUGCUUCUACGGGUCCUAGUGUUAGUACCUCUGCUCCUACUUCGGCAACCAGAGAAAAAACAGAAGAGACCGUCCCAGCCGCCUCUAGUUUUUGGCUUGGAAAAUCAACCGCACCGAAUGUCUGCCAAUUGAUUUCCAGUGACUUGCUUUUGGGACGGUGGAGGCUGACACUCGACUUAUUUGGCCGCGUCUUUAUUGACGAUGUCGGAACGGAGGCGGGAUCCGUGAUAGCUGAAUUAGGGGGAUUUCCAGUUAAAGAAGCUCGCUUCCGUCGUGAAAUGGAGCGCUUGAGAAACAUGCAACAGCGCGACUUGACCCUGUUCAAAAUGGACCGCGAAAGAGGAAUGCUGAUUACGCAAACAUUUAAAGAGCUUAAUACGCAAUACAAUACCCAUUGUCGUCGUGCAACAGCCACUCAACCUCCGUUGGCUGUUAGCAGAGUAAAGGUUACAUUUAAAGACGAGCCGGGAGAAGGAUCGGGAGUGGCACGUAGUUUCUAUACGGCUAUCGCUGAAGCUAUCCUCUCGCAAGAGAAGUUACCGAAUUUUGAUGCUGCCCAAGUUGGAGCCGGAUCAAAAGCGUCCCAGUCUCAAUCGGGAAUGGCACGUCGUCGGAAUCGCAGCUCUAUCUCGGGAGACCAAUCACGGCGUCACGGUCCACCUCGCCUGGCACAAGUGCGCGAUGCUCGCCUUCGAACGUUGAAUUACGAUGCCCGUCCUUUCCAACCCGAUGGUGACGUACCGACAACUAAUAACGAUCAUCUUUCGCCACACGUAAUUCAAUUGGGAGAGAGGCUGUACCCCCGUGUGGCCGCUCUACGACCAACACUUGCGGCCAAGAUCACCGGCAUGCUGCUAGAGCUGUCACCUGCCCAGCUGCUUAUGCUUUUGGCGUCAGAGGAUUCGCUGGAGCAACGUGUUAACGAAGCUGUCGCAGUUAUUCUCGGUCAAAGUCAGUUGGCACAAGGCAGAGAGCUAUCCUCUGAAGCAAUGAUGGAAAUGGAUCUUCUCUUUAAUCUCGGCAAUAGGAAAAAUCCAACCACCGUCACGGCUGGAACUUCGACUGGCUCGGAUGCCGACGAAGGCGUAGACGAGGAUGAUGCGGUGCCACUCUUCUACUGUCCGGGCAAACAAGGAUUCUACAGCCCUCGUCAAGGCAAAUCCACGCCUGAGCGACUCAACGCCUUCCGCAAUGUGGGACGACUGAUGGGACUCUGUCUUCUUCAGAACGAAUUGUGCCCCAUUGCGCUAAACCGUCACGUCCUCAAGGCAAUCCUCGGCCGGCCCAUUCGGUUCCACGAUUUAGCUUUCUUCGACCCCGUCGUCUACGAGUCGUUCCGUCAACUGGUCCUCGACGCCGAAACGAAGGAUUUGAGCGGAUUGGAUUUGACGUUCAGCAUCGACUUGAGCCCCGAUGAAGGAUCAGGUUUCAUUGAACUGAUUCCGGGUGGCAAAGACAUUGAAGUCACUUCGCAGAACAUUUACGCUUACGUGAGACGCUACGCUCAAUACCGGAUGGUUAGGACGCAAGCGAAAGCCAUGGAAGCCAUCCGCCUGGGCAUUUUUGACGUUUUACCACAAAAUGCGCUGGAAGGACUGACAUCGGAGGAUUUGCGACUCUUACUUAACGGCACGGGCGAGAUCCGCGUGCAGACGCUCAUUUCGUACACUAGUUUCAACGACGAGUCUGGAGAGCCCCCAGAGCGUUUGUUGCGCUUUAAACGCUGGCUCUGGUCCAUCGUCGAAAAGAUGACGACCCAAGAGCGCCAAGACCUAGUCUACUUUUGGACAGGAUCGCCGGCAUUGCCGGCCUCCGAAGAAGGGUUCCAGCCUAUGCCAACGGUGACGAUUCGUCCGGCUGAUGAUGUUCACCUGCCUACGGCCAACACUUGCAUUUCCCGACUGUAUGUUCCGCUCUACUCGUCGAGGACGAUCCUGCGUAACAAGCUUCUCCUAGCCAUCCGCACUAAAAACUUUGGCUUUGUCUAGGUAGCAUUACAGUUUUCAAUGAACAUACCCAACCACUAAACAAAACAAAAAAAAAAUUAUCAUAUGGACCUUUGUGUCCAGAGUAUUUUUUCCGACUCUCAAUGUUCAACAUCUUUUUUUCCCUUUAUUAUGGCCCCCUCCCCAAGAUUCUUUUUUUUCUUUCUUAUCGAAUUUUACA